GGGUCCGCGCGGGCCAUCGCCAUCGUCUCGGUUCUGGUCAUUCUCAUUUCCAUCAUCACCUUCUGCCUGGAGACCCUGCCCGAGUUCAGGGAUGAGCGCGAGCACGGCCCCAUGGCGCCCCCCUCCGGACCCACGGUGGCACCGCUUCUGCCGAGGACCCUGGCCGACCCCUUCUUCAUCGUGGAGACCACGUGUGUCGUCUGGUUCACCUUCGAGCUGCUGGUGCGCUUCUUUGCCUGCCCGAGCAAGGCGGCGUUCUCGCGGAACAUCAUGAACAUCAUCGACGUGGUGGCCAUCUUCCCCUACUUCAUCACCUUGGGCACCGAGCUGGCCGAGCAGCAGCCAGGGGGCGUGGGAGGCGGUGGCCAGAACGGGCAGCAGGCCAUGUCCCUGGCCAUCCUCAGAGUCAUCCGCCUGGUCCGCGUGUUCCGCAUCUUCAAGCUCUCGCGCCACUCCAAGGGGCUCCAGAUCCUGGGCAAGACCUUGCAGGCCUCCAUGCGCGAGCUGGGGCUGCUCAUCUUCUUCCUCUUCAUCGGAGUCAUCCUCUUCUCCAGCGCCGUCUACUUUGCAGAGGCCGAUGACGAUGACUCGCUCUUUCCCAGCAUCCCUGAUGCCUUCUGGUGGGCAGUGGUUACGAUGACCACAGUCGGUUAUGGGGACAUGUACCCCAUGACGGUGGGGGGCAAGAUCGUGGGCUCCCUGUGCGCCAUUGCUGGGGUCCUCACCAUCGCCCUGCCUGUGCCGGUCAUUGUUUCCAACUUCAACUACUUCUAUCACCGGGAGACAGAGCAGGAGGAACAAGGCCAGUACACGCAUGUCACUUGUGGGCAGCCUGCGCCAGACCUGAAGGCAGCUGACAAUGGACUUGGCAAGCCUGAGUUCUCUGAGGCUGCCCGGGAAAGGAGACCUAGCUACCUUCCCACGCCACACCGGGCAUAUGCAGAGAAAAGAAUGCUCACUGAGGUGUGA